AUUUCUGCCCUCACGUUCCCAACCGGAGAGCGUGUCCGCUGCCUCCGAUGAAAGCGCUAAGCCGUAUCUCGGGGUGUAUUUCAUAACCCGGGCUCACCAGCCUCCCACAUGCGCUGACACGUCUCCAGAUAUUACACACAUCCCGUCGGUCGGCGGAGGGAGCGUUUACUGAGCUGGUUUGACACAUUGUGAGCACAUAGAAGAGACGGGGAGAGGGGGAAGAUGUUGCUGAAGGAGUACAGGAUAUGCAUGCCCCUCACAGUGGAGGAGUACCGGAUUGGGCAGCUGUACAUGAUCAGCAAACACAGCCACGAGCAGAGUGACCGAGGGGAAGGAGUGGAGGUGGUCCAGAAUGAACCAUAUGAAGACCCGGCUCACGGCCAAGGGCAGUUCACAGAGAAACGAGUCUACCUCAACAGUAAAUUACCCAGCUGGGCUCGAGCGGUGGUUCCUAAAAUCUUCUACGUGACAGAGAAAGCAUGGAACUACUACCCUUACACCAUAACAGAAUACACGUGCUCAUUCCUGCCCAAGUUCUCCAUCCACAUAGAGACAAAAUACGAAGACAACAAAGGUUGCAAUGACAAUAUCUUUGACACCGAGCUGAAGGAGCAGGAGAGGGAGGUGUGUUUCAUCGACAUCGCCUACGAUGAGAUCCCCGAGCGCUACUACAAAGAGUCCGAGGACUUGAGAUACUUCAAGUCAGACAAGACAUCGCGGGGGAUUCUUCAAGAGGGCUGGAGGGACACCCAGGACCCCAUCAUGUGCUCGUACAAACUGGUCACCGUCAAGUUCGAGGUGUGGGGUCUGCAGACCCGUGUGGAGCAGUUUGUGCACAAGGUGGUUCGGGAUGUGCUGCUGCUGGGACAUAGGCAGGCAUUUGCCUGGGUGGAUGAGUGGAUUGACAUGACAAUGGAUGAGGUGAGAGAGUUUGAGCGCGCCAUCCAGGAGGCCACCAACCAGAAGAUCGGGAUAUUUCCCCCAUCGAUCUCCAUCAGCGAGACGCCCCUGUCCUCCUGUGCCCUCACCGGCCCUGCCAGCGCCCCCUCCACCCCCAUGUGCACUGAUGCGCCUGAGUCCCUCUCUGUCCCCAAGGACCGACCUCGCAAAAAGUCUGCUCCGGAAACCCUGACCCUUCCCGACCCUGUCCCAAGUGACGUCCCCCAGGGCUCUAACCUGAGCCCACUACCCCUUUCAAACCACCUCCAAACGUCCACACCACCCACAUCCAACUCUGAUCUUGCUGAGGAGGAUGAGCAGUAACGGGACCUUGGGUUGUCUCCCCCCCAUGCCUUGCUUUACAUACCCCCCGACCCCGCUGUUUUAGUAGCCCAACGACACUAGCCUAACCUCCAAACCCCAGUGCCCAGACAUUCGAGUUCUCUAGCCAUAUCACAUGAUUGCCAUAAUCCUGGACACGCAACAGUCACUCUAGAACUCGUUCAUCAGUGUCAUGAAUACCAUCCAGGCAGCUGUAGGCUCAGCCACCCCGACGUGGCUAACUUCCUCUUCCUGUGAGGCUAGCAGCCACAUGUUCCAUUUAUUAUAACAGCCACCUGAUGUGUAAUCAAAACAAAGAGCAUCCGUAAUUAAUUUCGAGCGGCAGUUUCUUAUGUUAUAUAAAUAAAUUAUUGUUAGUGUUUCCUUAGUCAUGUUUUCUUCAAUCAGACAAUAAUUGCUUUCAAACUAUUGAACUAUGAAGUAGCUGCCUUAGCACCACAGAGCCAGUGGUGUUUAUUAGUUCUGACAAUGUGUGCAGAUGAAUGAACAUUGUCAUAUUUCAGGCCGUGUGUAUUAGAAAUGAAAUUUAAUGUGACACAGUAGAAUAGCACGUUAGACCUAAUAUGUUAGCGUAACACACACCAGAAAGACAGCUGAGUGUAGAACCACUUAGCAGCUGUUUCCUGAGCCGUCCAAACUGGCCUGCAGAUCUGAUUUCACCCAUCCUGUCCAUCCCAAAUCCAAUUAUACAACAGAUGCAAAAUCAGUACAAUCAUAGAGCGUUUACACCUCAGGUCUACCCGACUCUCCCUGGCUCACUCUCCAAAGGCAGGGACGUUACUGUACCUUCUCUCCUGCUUAUUGCCAAACAGCCACAUUUUAUACCUCCACAGAUUUUACAAUACAGCAACUAUUGUAUGUACUAUACCAGUCGACUUAACCCUUAGAAUGUUUACACACCAGAAACCUUGGAGGGUUUGCAUAUUAGCAGUAAUGUUGUGGAUUAAGCUGUUGUUAUAUCUGCAUUCGCAGUUUUAGCAUGACAGUUCAAUGACUAAAAUCCAGUUUGUCGAAGUUUAUUACUGCAUAUAUCUCACUCAAGUUGGCUGAGAGGUCAGUACAACAAAAAAAAAAACACAAAAUAAAAAUGUUGCCUGAAACGAAUGCUGGACAUCUCAUGUGACAUGAAAUGUGAUGAAAUUUCAUCAAAUCAGCAAAUCACUUUAAUGUCAUAUGUAGGAACAAGGCCAUUUUGGGGGGGGGUUAAGCAUUGACUGAGCUUUGUGCACAGUGGAGCUAGUGAAAACUCAAAGUUUGAUUUGAGGCCACGUGCAUCAAGCUGACUUGAGCAUGUGCUUCGUUAGCUGCAUAUCAGUUGCAGAAGUGCUGACACCUUUGCUUUGCAGGUGUUGCUUGGUAAUACUGAGCCAGAACUUUGGUGGGCAUAGAAAAUUAUUUGGAAAGCAAACUUACUUUGCAGCGACCCGUUAUUUCUGAUGUUGCAAAUUAACAUCCAAAACCCUAAAGGAGAAACGAAUCACAAGGACAGAAAGUUACUAUCGAACACCCUUUUUCCACACAGUGAUAUUAUUCAAAGAGGGUUUUAUAUGCUGCAUGGAUUGUUCACAACAUAUAUACAUAUUAUGUGAGGUAUAUAUGUCUUUACUGUAAAUGAAUGGAUUGGAACAGUAUAUUUGGUGAUGCAACUGUAUGAAAAAAGCGAAUGCCAACUUUGGAACCUCUGUACUAAUUUUGUAUAAUAGGAAAAGCAGAUUUCGAGUGAAACGUAAGCAUGCCCAGAGAAUAUCGGCCAACAAACGCUUUCAACUCAGUGCCUCUGCAUGCAACUAUUAGUAUCAUCGCCUACAUGUGUGUAAACCAAUAUCUAUUGCAUUUCAUCUAUAGAGACACUAAAUUUCAUUGCAUUUCGUUGCCUGUUUUCUAUCUCAAACGUAGAAUUUAACCAAGAAGUGGGCUACAGCCCCAUGAUGUAGUAGCUUAACUACAACAUAAUCCAGUCAAAUUUAUCAUAUCAAACUACAUUACCAGUCUCUCAAGUAACAGGGCUAACUUGUUGUUAUAUUUUAGAAAAAAUAACACAUUUCUGUUCCCCUCUCCAUACCAAUUACUUCUAACUUCACAGCGCAAAUGCAUUUUGCACUUUCGAGUCUUUGACACCUUAUUUGACAAUGAAGAAAUGUCCAAAUCUUACACAGUCUUGUUGGGUUCGUUGGACCAAAGUCCUAUAGUACAGCAUGGUGACUUCGAAGAAAGCAGGUUGAGGAGAGAGUCCUCGGUGGUGUUGCCAUAAAAUACUGUUAAUAUUAUGUACAGUUUCUCACUGGCUUUUGUUAAAAAAACAAAACAAAACAAAACAAAACAACUGUAGCUAUUUAUCUGUAACUGUAGCUUUUGUCUUUGCCUUUUGAGGAUAAAAAAUGUUAUGUACCAGUUAAUUGGCCCUCUGUAUAUCUAUUAUGUAUAGAUUAUACAUACUUACAACUCUGGUAUUGACCAUCUCUCUUGUCAGGAACACAGAGAUCCAGGGAUAUGUUGAUCUACCACGGGCUAUUAAAAAUAAUGCAAAAUGUCCAGUUGUGUAACAUUAAGCUCUGCUCUGUUUAAAAGAGUAACAUAUUAGGUAUUGUAAAUACUGUUGUUAAUGACUAAUUUAGUAGGUUUUCUUACAUUAAAUCUGUUCCAAGUUGCAUUACUGAUGUGACAUGAAUGUGCUCAAAGAGACAGUGAAGGAUAUUGUUUAGCGUGCGUGCGAUAAGGGUGACAUCUUCACAGACAUAAUUAAAGGUUUGUUUUAAUCUCGGAGUAAUUUGCAUCUGUAUCUAUGAAGUCAUUUACAUCCACUGAGGAUACUGAAUUCAGUUUAGUUCACUCUUCUCAAUCAAGUGUCAAGAUUCCUCAUUGUAGUGUUGCACUUUUGACUCUCCAGUUGCUUUUGGUGACCCUGCAGGGCAAAAUGAUUUGUACAAGCUGUAAAACGAAAUGAAGCUUUUCUUUUUAGUGGCUGCUUUGAUGUUUACUUGCCAUGUUAAUUGAGCGGUGAUUGGCUUUUCUGUUGUUUCUUUUUUCGUAAUAAACCUGCUGUACUUUGAUUUAGUGGUUGCUGUAUUGUUUGAAGGAAAAUCUAUAUUACUUUCUCUUUAUUUCAUUGGAUAAAAGGACCAAGCUUUUCACUCCUCCUCCCUUCUAAUGAUGCAGUUUGCAUUCCGCCAGGCUGUUGUGCUGUCUCCUGAUAACUGGGGCCUGUCUCACCAACCAGGAUCACUGAGCUAGCUGUAGACCUGCACUGAGUUAAACCAGCAACAGCUCCAUCUACUUCUCUCUGUGUUGGAGAUCAGGUGCGGUCCCAGCUUUGCAGCUUUCUGCAUGAAUCCUGCUGUGUGAAACAGGCCCCAGAAGUGCCAUUGGUGUUCGGCUGCUGGAAGUCGCUCUUAGUUCUUCCACUUUAACUAUUAUUGUAUUUGUUAUAUUUUUACGGCUCUUCGAGGUUCAUUUGGUUCUAUGUUGUAAUUAUUGUUUUACUUUUUUCUGAAACAGACAAAUAAACUUUACUAGCUA